AUGGAUGGGGGAAACGAGGGGCAGCAUGGCGACGGACAUGUCUUGCAACGCUCAAACGCUGCCAGGGCCAAAGAGCCGAGACCGCGGUCUCCGUACGGGCAACGAGACGACUCAGAAGGCUCCCAACACCCAGAGUCUCGGCAUGAAGGGGCCCGACUCUUGCAGCUGGAGGCAGGGCCCGGCGGGGACGAUGGCAGUGAUGGCAAGAAAGAUGAGCAGGCACCAGGCUACCGACGCCUCUCCUACACGGAACGGGCCAUGCUGGCACGCAGCGUGGGUGCGGUUCACGAUGUGGAGCAGGCCAAGCCUGUGCAUCCUAGACAUUGGUGGUGGCCGCCCAGAGGUAUGGCGCCAGGGCUGUACAGGAAUGUGGUGGAGGAGCGGACCAUGUGGUUCUGUUUCUUCCACGUCACCAGCACCCUGAGGUGGGUCCUCAUGCUGUUGCACAUCGUCGUGGCCGCGACGAUGGCUGCACUCGGACAAGGCUCUCCUAAACAGGCUUCACGCACGACGGCACUGGCGGCGGCCAAUACGGUGAUCGCCGGGAUACUGGCACUGAUGCACAACAGCGGACUCCCCGACCGGUACAGAAACAACAAGGCCGAGUUUGAGAUUGUUGAGGAUCACAUCUGUAGGCUUGUGGAGAGCGGCCUCGUUCCGGUGGACCAGCCGAUUGAGCAGACCGUUGCCGAUUGCUUCGACCGGUUGCAAGACGCAAAGGCGGCGGUGCGUGCCAGCCUGCCAGCUGCAUACAAUUCCAAACGAAGCCUGAAGCAGCCUUUUCUUGGCGGCCACCAGCUCCUUGGCGGAAACCGUCAGCACCCCGCCGCGGGCCGUGCAUGA